CGGAAGCAGCAGAGGGGGUUUCCAGUGAUCAGAGCUGCUGGAUCUCUCAGGCUGAGGAGCAGCGACUGAACCCGGACAAACAGAACCAGGACCCGGACAGCAGAAGCAGGACCCGGACCUUAGAACCAGGACCAUGAGGAGCCCGCCCCCGGCCCGGAGGCUCCGCGGCGGGGAGACGGUCUGAAUCCCGGGGACAGAGAGCCGAGCGGAGGAACUUCAUGUCAUGUCGGGGGGGCGGGAGGUGCAGCUUCCCCUCCAGCAGGUGGCGCCCUCCCUGACCACGCCCCUCUCCGUGGUCCAGCCCCCUAACCGGCAGGCCAAUCCCUGGCCUCCGAGCGACCCCGCCUCCUCUCAAGGUUCUCCUGCAGGGUUCCUCCCGCUCCACGGGGGGUUCAGGGACCACUUUGUGGAACCGCCAGAACCCAAAUACUGCUGCGAGGCCUGCAGGCUGGUUCUGUGCCAGCCGAGGCAGACAGAGUGCGGACAUCGGUUCUGCCAGAGCUGCAUCAGUGACCUCCUGAGUCACCCUAACCCAUCAUGUCCAGCAGACAGAGAGCUGCUGUUCAAAGACAAGAUCUUCAGAGACGUUUGCUGCCAUCGGGAGAUCAUGGCGCUGAAGGUGUUCUGUCGCAGUGAAGCCAGCGGCUGCCCGGAGCAGCUGAGCCUGCAGCACAUCCCCGAGCACCUGACGGUGUGUCUGUUCUUCGAGGUUCCCUGUCCUCUGGGCCAGUGUAAGGAGAGGAUGAUGAGGAAGGAGAUCCCCGACCACCUGAGCUGGAAGUGUAAACACAGAGAGACCAGCUGUGAGUUCUGCAGCAGCAAGAUGCCUCUGACGGAGCUGCAGAAACACAAGGAGACGGUGUGUCCGGCGUUCCUGGUUCCGUGUCCAAACCUCUGCUCGUUAUCCGCCCUGCCCCGCAGCGAGCUGUCCAGUCACCAGCACGACUGUCCCAAAGCUCAGGUCAGCUGCCAGUUCCUGCGUUAUGGCUGUAGCUUCAAGGGUUUGAACCAGGACCUGAGGCAGCACGAGUCCAGCUCUGCAGCCGAACACCUGAGGAUGAUGGCCAGCAGGAACUCAGCGUUAGAGAACAAGGUGGAGGACAUUAAAGGGGAUCUGCUGGAGAGGUACAAGGUGCUUCCUGCUCUCAGCAGUCGGCUGUCAGAGCUGGAGAACCAGCAGGACGAGCUGCGAGAGAAGAACCGGCAGAUGGAGCAGAAGCUGGCCACCAUGCAGAAACUGAUGAGUUCUCACUCAGAGAAGCUUCUGGAGGUGGAGCUAGAGCUGCGUUCUUUUCGGGUUCUCAGAGAGGAAGUGGAGAACAUCAGAGGAACCCUGGAGAACGUCCGGACGAGACUGAACGCUCUGGAACAAGGAGGACGCAGCGGGACUGGAUCCACAACACACACUCUGGCGUCCCUGGAGACACAGCUGAAUCGCCAUGACGACAUGCUGAGCGUUCAUGAUGUCCGGUUGGCUGACAUGGAUCUCCGGUUCCAGGUUCUUGAGACGGCCAGUUAUAACGGGACUCUGAUCUGGAAGAUCCGCGACUACAAGAGACGGAAACAGGAAGCGGUGGCAGCGAAGACGCUGUCUCUGUACUCGCAGCCGUUCUACACCGGGUACUUCGGGUACAAGAUGUGCGCCCGGGUGUACCUGAACGGGGACGGCAUGGGGAAGGGGACGCACCUGUCGCUGUUUUUUGUGGUGAUGAGGGGCGAGUACGACGCUCUGCUGCCCUGGCCCUUCAAGCAGAAGGUGACCCUGAUGCUGAUGGACCAGGGUCCAGCCAGGAAGCACCUGGGCGAUGCCUUUAAGCCGGACCCCAACAGCAGCAGCUUCAGGCGUCCGGCAGCAGAGAUGAACAUUGCGUCCGGAUGUCCUCUGUUUGUGUCUCAGAGCGUCCUGGAGACAGGCAGCUACAUCAAAGACGACACCAUCUUCAUCAAGGUUACCGUGGAUACCUCUGACCUCCCUGACCCGUGACCAUGUGACCUUGCUGGUCUGAGAUCAGCUGACCUGUUCACCCAGUAGAGCAAAGGAUCAUGGGAAGGAUCAGAGAUGAUGGAGCAGGCUCGUCGCCGACAGAAGGGAAGAAGAAGAGCCGGACAGGAAGCAGCCAAUCAGGGAGGACUUUACAGAGACCAGAAGGCGGGUCUUAUGGACCUGGGCUGAUGGACUACAGGUCUUAUUCUGAUUGGCUGAUGGACUACAGAAGUGUGUGUGUGUGUGUGUGUGUGUGUGUGUGUGUGUGUGUGUGUGUGUCUGUGUCUGUGUGAAUGGAUCAGUGUUGCUAUGACAACACCAUGGUGAUAUCAACAUGGUGAUAUCACCAGAGCCAACAUGGCCGCCGGACGUUGUUGCUGCUCGUUACUGAUGCCGUGCAUCAAGCUUUACUUCCUGUUUAUUACCUGUUUACCAAGGCAUGCUGGGAAAUCCUCUGCAGCCACAGAGGAGCUCUGAAAACCAGAAGAGAAACUUUUCCAUUACAAGAUACCAGUGAAGAUGAUGGGGCUCUUCCCGCUCACUAGCAGGAAACCAGCUCUCUGUUGGUGGUGUGGACACCCACCAGCUCCCAGUAUGAGCUCCCAGUAUAAUAGUAUGAGGUCCCAGUAUGAGGUCCCAGUAUGAGCUCCCAGUAUGAUAGUAUGAGGUCCCAGUAUGAUAGUACGAGGUCCCAGUAUGAUAGUAUGAGCUCCCGGUAUGAGCUCCCAGUACGAGGUCCCAGUAUGAUAGUAUGAGGUCCCAGUAUGAUAGUACGAGGUCCCAGUAUGAUAGUAUGAGCUCCCGGUAUGAGCUCCCAGUAUGAGCUCCCAGUAUGAUAGUAUGAGGUCCCAGUAUGAUAGUACGAGCUCCCAGUAUGAUAGUAUGAGGUCCCAGUAUGAUAGUAUGAGCUCCCGGUAUGAGCUCCCAGUACGAGGUCCCAGUAUGAUAGUAUGAGGUCCCAGUAUGAUAGUAUGAGGUCCCAGUAUGAUAGUAUGAUAUGAGGUCCCAGUAUGAUAGUAUGAGGUCCCAGUAUGAUAGUAUGAGCUCCCAGUAUGAGGUCCCAGUAUGAUAGUAUGAUAUGAGGUCCCAGUAUGAUAGUAUGAGGUCCCAGUAUGAUAAUAUGAUAGUAUGAGGUCCCAGUAUGAUAUGAGGUCCCAAUAUGAUAGUAUGAGGUCCCAGUAUGAUAGUAUGAUAUGAUGUCCCAGUAUGAUAGUAUGAGCUCCCAGUAUGAUAUUAUGAUAUGAGGUCCCAGUAUGAUAGUAUGAGGUCCCAGUAUGAGGUCCCAGUAUGAUUCCCAGUAUGAGGUCCCAGUAUGAUAGUAUGAGCUCCCAGUAUGAGGUCCCAGUAUGAUAGUAGGUCCCAGUAUGAUAGUAUGAGGUCCCAGUAUGAUAGUAUGAUAUGAGGUCCCAGUAUGAUAUGAGGUCCCAGUAUGAUAGUAUGAUAUGAGGUCCCAGUAUGAUAUGAGGUCCCAGUAUGAUAGUAUAAUAUGAGGUCCCAGUAUGAUAGUAUAAGGCCCCAGUAUGAUAGUAUAAGGUCCCAGUAUGAGGUCCCAGUAUGAUUCCCAGUAUGAGGUCCCAGUAUGAUUCCCAGUAUGAGGUCCCAGUAUGAUUCCCAGUAUGAGGUCCCAGUAUGAUUCCCAGUAUGAGGUCCCAGUAUGAGGUCCCAGUAUGAUUCCCAGUAUGAGGUCCCAGUAUGAUUCCCAGUAUGAGGUCCCAGUAUGAGGUCCCAGUAUGAUUCCCAGUAUGAGGUCCCAGUAUGAUUCCCAGUAUGAGGUCCCAGUAUGAUUCCCAGUAUGAGGUCCAGUAUGAUUCCCAGUAUGAGGUCCCAGUAUGAUUCCCAGUAUGAGGUCCCAGUAUGAGGUCCCAGUAUGAUUCCCAGUAUGAGGUCCCGGUAUGAGGUCCCGGUAUGAGGUCCCAGUAUGAGGUUCCGGUAUGAUUCCCAGUAUGAGGUCCCGGUAUGAGGUCCCGGUAUGAGGUCCCAGUAUGAUUCUCAGUAUGAGGUCCCGGUAUGAGGUCCCAGUAUGAUUCCCAGUAUGAUUCCCAGUAUGAGGUCCCGGUAUGAGGUCCCAGUAUGAUUCCCAGUAUGAGGUCCCAGUAUGAUUCCCAGUAUGAUUCCCAGUAUGAGGUCCCAGUAUGAUUCCCAGUAUGAGGUCCCAGUAUGAUUCCCAGUAUGAGGUCCCAGUAUGAUUCCCAUUAUGAGGUCCCAGUAUGAUUCCCAGUAUGAGGUCCCAGUAUGAUUCCCAGUAUGAGGUCCCAGUAUGAUUCCCAGUAUGAGGUCCCAGUAUGAGGUCCCAGUAUGAUUCCCAGUAUGAGGUCCCAGUAUGAGGUCCCGGUAUGAGGUCCCGGUAUGAUUCCCAGUAUGAGGUCCCGGUAUGAGGUCCCGGUAUGAUUCCCAGUAUGAGGUCCCGGUAUGAGGUCCCAGUAUGAGGUCCCAGUAUGAGGUCCCGGUAUGAGGUCCCAGUAUGAGGUCCCAGUAUGAUUCCCAGUAUGAGGUCCCAGUAUGAUUCCCAGUAUGAGGUCCCGGUAUGAGGUCCCAGUAUGAUACCCAGUAUGAGGUCCCAGUAUGAUUCCCAGUAUGAUUCCCAGUAUGAGGUCCCGGUAUGAGGUCCCAGUAUGAUUCCCAGUAUGAGGUCCCAGUAUGAUUCCCAGUAUGAUUCCCAGUAUGAUUCCCAGUAUGAGGUCCCGGUAUGAGGUCCCAGUAUGAUUCCCAGUAUGAGGUCCCGGUAUGAUUCCCAGUAUGAGGUCCCAGUAUGAGGUCCCAGUAUGAGGUCCCGGUAUGAGGUCCCGGUAUGAGGUCCCAGUAUGAGGUCCCGGUAUGAUUCCCAGUAUGAGGUCCCGGUAUGAUUCCCAGUAUGAGGUCCCGGUAUGAGGUCCCAGUAUGAGGUCCCGGUAUGAGGUCCCAGUAUGAUUCCCAGUAUGAGGUCCCGGUAUGAGGUCCCAGUAUGAUUCCCAGUAUGAGGUCCCAGUAUGAUUCCCAGUAUGAUUCCCAGUAUGAGGUCCCGGUAUGAUUCCCAGUAUGAUUCCCAGUAUGAGCUCCUCUGUGGCUCAGGCUCCUUCUGGUUAUUUCAUUCUUUGCACAGUUUAAAUGUUUAAGUGUGAAAUUAAAAUUGUAAACAAAACAAA